AUGUUUGCAACAUUUGGUCAUGGUGAUAACUAUCCAUUUGAUGGACAAGGAGAUGAAUUAGCUCACGCAUUCUAUCCAAAUGACCAGUACAUUACGGACAAACUCAUACUAAUGAUAUCGACCCAGGACCGUGCAUUAGGCCUUCCUCGUAGCGAACAGGAAUCUUUGAUGGCAUCACACUAUCAAGGAUUUUUCGAUACAUCAAAACUAUUCCCCACUGAUAUUUCUGCUAAACAAUCACAGUAUGACGAAGAAUUAAAUAAUUGCAACAGCACUAAACGAGUAGAUUACUGGUUGAUGCGUCAGUGA